AUGUCCUAUCAGUAUCCUCCGCCGCCUCCUCAAAACGGGGCAGACAUGGGAUUGCCACCUCCUGGGUACAUGCCGGAGUACGCUGCAAUACCGCCAUCAUCAGCAAUAGACUUGAGAUCUGACCAAGAUUCAAGCAUUUCCCCUCGCGACCGUCGAGAUUCCAUCUCCAAGGCUCUCAAAUUGAAGAGAUCGAUGUCCAGCCCGAGUGUAAGGCCGCAGCAGCCUCCGCCGCCCGUGCCUCAGAGCACGACCCCUGAGCAUGCCGGGAUGGGCCUUGGGGCGGCAGAGAAGAGAAGAAACAAGCUGGGUUAUCAUCGAACGUCCGUCGCUUGCGACCAGCAGCCGCCGCCGGCUGACCCUCGACAGAAAUCUGGAUCGCGGUCGUCUGUCGGGCCAAAAUUGGGAUCUGCCUCGUCAUCCCCAGCGAUGGCAAGCGGACAUCCUGCGGACAUGCCGGGCCAUUACCCGCAGCUGGCCAUGCCCUCCAUCCAGAACAUGGCGCCACCGGCGCUGAAACAUGCCGGGCCAGACAGCUACCAGACAGACGGCAAAUUGCCAUCGAGCGCAUCCGCAACACGAGGGUUUGAAUAUGGCCAUCCUGGUACGUCGAACUGGAAAUUCGCAGAUGCGGGCCCAAACUCAUCCAAGCCAGGUGACCUGAGUGCGACAUGGAGAACCUAUCCUCAAGAGUCGCCAAUCACUCCCGCCUUCUCUCCCUACACGCCGCAUGCGCCGCCGUCGGCUGCUUGGGCGGGAUCUGUGAGCUCAGAGUCUUCUUCACGGGAAGACAUGGGCUGGUCGUCCUACUCGGCUCCUCAACCACGAUCCAUGCCAUAUGGGAAUGAUGGCAUCGGCCAUACUCAAUACCCCUCCAUCUCGCAGAUGACCGGUCAAGCAGGUCGACCGUACGAUCGCAAGUCCGGGCCCUUGUCCGCCGACAUGUACCCUUCGCAGAUUGCUACCACGAUACCGGGCGUCGAUAGCAUUCCGGGCACAACGCUGGAGCAUAGCGUUUCACUGUCCGCCGGAGCUGUGCCGCCCUCCAGUUAUGGGAGCUGGCAGCAGUCCUAUACAUACUCGAAGCCGAGCGAAGGGUAUAGCGGCUGGUACCAUGAGAACUCGAGCACGCAGGCGCUCAGCACCAACGACCACGUCCAGCAUCCUCCGGAACAGACACACCCUCAGGGGCAGAGCAUGUACUAUGCCACCCGCUGA